AUGGAAAACGAGAAAAAAUUAUUUAAAAAAUUAUAUUCAUGGAAAGAAAUUUCAAAACAUAAUACAAUUGAAAAUGGAAUUUGGAUUUCAAUUGAUGGUUUAGUUUAUGAUAUUACAAAAUUUAUAAAACAUCAUCCAGGAGGUGAACAAGUUUUAAUAUUAGCAGCAGGUAGAGAUGUUACAAAUUUAUUUGAAAGUUAUCACCCAAUGACAGAUUUACCAAGUAAAAUGUUAAAACAAUAUGAAAUUGGACAAGUUUCAACAAUGGAAUUCCCAAAAUAUGUUGAAAAAAGUAAAUUCUAUUCAACAUUAAAAGAAAGAGUUAGAGAGCAUUUUAAAAAGUCAAAUAAAGAUCCAAAAUUUGCAUUUGGUAUAAUAGCAAGAUUAAUAUUUGUUUAUUGGUUUUUAAUUACAAGUUAUUAUGUUAGCCAUUAUGCAUUCAUUGAAAAUUUCUAUUUAAAUUGUUUACUUGCAAUUGUGUAUUCAUUAUCCAAUAGUCUAUUCUCAUUACAUAUGAUGCAUGAUGCGUGCCAUUCAGCGAUCUCUCAUAAUCCAAAAGUAUGGAAAUGGCUAGGCGCCACUUACGAUCUAUUCAUUGGUGCCUCGUUCUUUUAUUGGUGUAAUCAGCAUGUGAUUGGUCAUCAUGUGUAUACAAAUAUUAGAAAUGCAGAUCCGGAUAUUGGCGAUAGUGAAGUUGAUUUUAGAAUUGUAACACCAUACCAAAAUAAAUAUUGGAUUUAUAAAUAUCAGCAUAUAUACGCCCCAUUUUUGUAUGGUCUAUAUUCGAUUAAAUAUAGAUUAUGUGAUUAUAGUGUUUUCACAGAGGGUUCAAUUGGAAGGGUUAGAACUGCAAAUGCUUCAAAUUUUGAAAUCAUCUCUUUUAUCAUUGGUAAAUUGGUUUUCAUUGUUUUUAGAUUCAUCAUACCAUUACAAUAUCAUAGUUUAGUAAACUUGUUAACUUAUUUCUUUAUCGCUGAAUUCUUUUUUGGUCUUUAUUUAUCCUUUGGUUUCCAAGUUAGUCAUUCUGCUGAUAAUUUAAAAAUUGUUGCAACAAGUGUAAAUGAAAAUGAUGAACCAACAAAUGUUGAUGAAGAUUGGGCAAUUCAUCAAAUUAAAACUACUCAAGAUUAUGGUAUUAAUUCAUAUAUGUGUUUAUUUUUUUCGGGUGGUGUAAAUUUACAAGUUGUUCAUCACUUGUUUCCAUCAAUUUCACAAGAAUACUAUGGUGAAUUAGUACCAAUUAUUAAAAAGGUUUGUGAUGAGUAUGAUGUACAUUAUAAUAUUCAACCAACAUUUUAUGCUGCUUUUAAAUCUCAUAUUGAUUUUCUUUACAAUAUGGGUAAUAAUGAAAAUUAUGUAAGAAAAUCUGUAACCGACUAG